AUGGCUAUUUCGUAUCGCGUGGUCACCGGGUGGCGAAGCGCUGCGUACGAGUUUUCCAGAAGGGCGCAUCUUCAGCGCACUAUAAAUACCUGGACUCAGCUUUCAGGAGUUCAGUCUAGCGGUGCUUUGUACAGCGCACUAACUCCACAUCUCCGCAGCCACACAAACACACACACACAACAUGUCUCUGGAACGUCAAGUCCGCGCUAAGUUGGCUUCCAAGCGCAACCCUGAGCAGGAGAAGGAGGCCCAGGAAUGGAUUGAAACAAUCCUUGGUGCCAAGUUCCCCCCUGGUGAGGCUUACGAAGAUGUCAUCAAGGACGGUACCGUCCUCUGCCAGCUCAUCAACAAGAUCAAGCCUGGCUCCGUUGCCAAGAUCAACACCUCUGGUGGACAGUUCAAGAUGAUGGAGAACAUCACCAACUUCCAGGCCGCCAUUAAGGCGUACGGUGUCCCCGACAUCGAUGUGUUCCAGACCGUCGACCUCUGGGAGAAGAAGGACAUCGCCCAGGUCACCAACACACUGUUCGCUCUCGGCCGUGAGACAUACAGACACGCUGAAUGGAGCGGCCCCUACCUGGGACCCAAGCCCGCUGAAGAAUGCAAGCGUGACUUCUCCGAGGAGGUCCUGAACGCCGGCAAGACCGUGAUCGGUCUCCAGGCUGGUUCCAACAAGGGCGCCACCCAGGCGGGACAGAACAUGGGCGCUGGCCGCAAGAUCUUGCUCGGCAAGUGA